AUGGCCAUCUACAAUCAAACCUCAGUGACUAAGUUUAUGCUUGUUCGGCUGUCUGACCUCCCUGAGGUGCGCUACCCUCUCUUUGUGGUCUUUGCCAUCAUGUAUCAUUUCACCUUGGUGGGAAAUGGGGCCAUUCUCUUGGCCAUUGGGACUGAGAAAAAACUGCACACACCCAUGUAUUACUUUUUGGCAAAUCUGUCCCUUUUAGAUAUGUUCUGCCCAUCAAAUACUGUCCCCAAGAUGCUAGAGAAUCUUUUGACUGAGAAGCACAGCAUUUCCUUCAUCGGGUGUGCUUUGCAGCUUUAUUUUCUGGUGGCCCUCGUGGGGACUGAAGUCUUCCUUCUCUCUGUCAUGGCUUAUGACAGGUAUGUGGGCAUCUGUUUCCCUCUUCGUUACACCCUCAUCAUUACCAAGGUUCGUUGUGUGCAACUGACUGCUGGGACCUGGGCAGCAGGGUUUCUCAACUCCCUCCUUCAUACAGUGUCCACUUUAUGCCUUUCUUUCUGCAAGUCCAAUCAUGUUACACAGUACUAUUGUGACAUUCCACCACUGCUUGCCCUGUCAUGCUCAUCCACCUAUGUGGCAGAAAUGCUUAUUUUGGUGGAAGGAGGUGUCUUGGGAAGCAGUGCCUUCCUGGUCACCUUUAUCUCUUAUUUCUACAUCAUAUAUACCAUCCUAAAGAUCCAGUCAGUGGAAGGGAAGCUUAAAGCCUUUUCCACAUGUGCUUCCCACCUUCUGGUGGUCUGUUUGUUCUGUGGCACCACAAUAUUCACUUAUGUUUGCCCCUGUUCCAGUCAACGCUCCCCAGUAAGAGACAGACUCAUCUCCAUGUCAUAUGGAAUCAUCACUUCAAUGUUAAACCCCAUGAUCUACAGCCUGAGAAACACAGAGGUGAAGGGAGCACUCAGAAGGGUCUUAUGUUACAAAGCAUAUUUACUGCAAAUGUAA